AGAUGUCCAGCAAGUUGAAGAGCCGUCCAGCUGAAAAUGCAGAGCAUACCAGGAGUAAAAUGGAAAACGGAAUGGACAGCAUGGCUGCCCCUGCCCUUAGUACCUACAUGCCAGAAGAGAUGGUGCAACAGAUGAAAGAACUAAUCACUGAGAACAAUGAGUUAAAAGAAGCCAUGAAGUUGCAUAACCAAGCUAUGAAGGAUCGAUAUGAGGAACUUUCCAACUGGCGCGAGAAGCAGAAAGAAGAACGAGAAUUUUACGAGUUGAAGUUUAAGGAGGCUAAGCAGUGCUUGCUAGCCAAGUGCAUUGAAAAUGAACAGCUACAGCAACAACUUCAGAGCUUAAAGAGAAGAGAAGAAGGAGCUGAAAUGGAGGGCUGCGUGUCUCUCGAGAAGGAAGCGCGGCAGCUGAAAUCCCAGGUGCAGCGGCUCCAGGCUGAGAAGGCAGAUCUGCUAGCCAUCAUCUCAGAACUGCAGGUCAAGCUGAACAUCUCAGGGGAGGAUUCCUUUGUGGAGAUUGGGAUGAACGAAGGAGACAUAAAUAGAACUGCAAAGGAACUUCAAGAGAAUAGUGGUGAAGUGACCAGCCAUGGUGAUAUCUACAUGAGCAAACCUGCAGAUGAAUUGAAGAACUUGGAGUCUGAAGAGCUAACUGUGAGUCAGCUGCUCUGCUGCCUUAGAAAUGAAACGCAGAGGAGGGAAAAACUUGAGAAGGAGCUGCAGGAUCACAAAGAGAGACUGUCAAAGCUGGAGAAGGAAACGAGCAACUGCCUGGAGAGUGGGACACAAACUGAACAGCAAGAAGAGGGGAGUUCAGAGGCUGUUGGCAGCGAAGUAGAAACCCUGAAUUUGCAAGUUUGUGCUCUGUUUAAAGAGCUUCAGGAAGCCCAUGAGAAGUUAAAAGAAGCAGAAUUGAUUCAGAAGAAGCUUCAAGAAAAGUGCCAGGUAUUGGAAAGAAAAAGCUCAGCUGCUGCAUCAGAACUGGAGGAGAAGCAGCAGCUAAUACACACCAUCAAGAAGCUGGAACUUCAGGUGGAGAGCAUGCAGGCAGAAGUCAAGCUGGAACAAGCCAAGACGCAGGAAGAAAAGGCAAGAUUUAUUAGCUUGCAGGAUGCAUACAGCAAACUCCUUCCUCAACUCACUGAGGCAAUGAAAACAAUCGACAAAAUGAAACUCAAAGAGCUGGACAGAGUGGAUAAAGCUGUGGUGGAACAACUGAAUGCAAAGGUGGAGUUGGCAGAACAAGCCCUUGCUGCAAAGCAGCUCCAGAUAGAUGAAAUGAAGCAGAUAAUUGCUAAGCAAGAGGAGGACCUUGAAACCAUGUCUGUGCUCCGUGCUCAGAUGGAGGUUUACUGUUCUGAUUUCCACGCUGAGAGGGCAGCAAGAGAGAAGAUCCAUGAGGAGAAGGAGCAGUUGGCUGUCCAGCUGGCAUACCUGCUCAAAGAGCAGCAAAACCUUGAAGAUCUUGGCCGAAACUCUUUGGCGGAGAUGCAGAAUCGCCACGGAGCCAGGGCACCAGAUCGAGAACGCUCACCUCGCCUUGUUCAAAGAGGAACUGGGAGUCAAGACUGGCCAGAGCAGCGGAAUAUCUCAAUGUAUUCAUGUCCCAAAUGUGAAGAAAUUCUACCUGAUUUGGACACACUGCAGAUUCACGUUAUGGACUGCAUUAAUUGAGUGAUGCCCUCCAAUUCUUCACCUGGAAUUUCACCUGCCAAACACUUUUAUUUUUCCUGCUCCAAUAAUGCUCAACUCCUACAUCCAGUGAAGGAGGUUUUCGGGGGUUUUCUCAUUAAUUCAAUGCAAGAAAGGUAAAACUCCUACCCUGCCCUCUACUCACUAAUCUUGUUUUAAAGUGCAUUAUGAAAAGAGUUUUUACAGGUUAACAACAUGUUAAAGAACUCCCAGUGUCUCUGCUGCUCUGAA